GCCCCGCGGCCCAAGGCCGGAAGGGCCCGGACCCGGAACCGGAUGGGGCUUGCGUCUCCGGUGCCUGAAGCGCUGGGGAAAUGGCCACGGGAACAGACCAGGUGGUGGGACUCGGCCUCGUCGCCCUUAGCCUGAUCAUCUUCACUUAUUACACCGCCUGGGUAAUUCUCUUGCCAUUCAUCGACAGUCAGCAUGUCAUCCACAAGUAUUUCCUGCCCCGAGCCUAUGCCAUUGCUAUCCCACUGGCUGCCGGCCUCCUGCUGCUCCUGUUUGUGGGUAUAUUCAUCACCUACGUGAUGCUGAAGAACCAGAAGGAUACCAAAAAGGCUCAGUGAAGGCCCAGCAGGAAUGAGGCCGCUGGCUCCGUCUCUGCUUCUUCUCCAGGGCAGACCCAGUGAGGGUGCCCACAGGACCCAUCCAGGCACUGAGGCCCCCUCAAGCUUGAUUGCCCUGCAGACACCCCUGUGGGAUAGAAGCUGUUCAGGACUCACCCCUGGCUGACCAGGGCCCCUGCUCCUCCUUCCAGAAGCCAGGGAGGAGAAGUACCUGGAAGUCUCCAUCUCACCCCCCUUCUGGCUCAGGGCCUGCAAGGUGCUGGUCCCUCUCCACAUACACACACACCUCACCUUGAGACUCCCUAUCAUUUUUCCCGCUGGGUUCUACACUUGCCUCAGUUGCCUUCUUGUCACAUGAUGGUUGGACUUGGCAGGUUCUGGGGCGUCACGUGACCUCUUCCCGCAUGUUCCUCCUCCACAGAGACAGCCUUCCCAGGUCUGACAUAGCCCCAGACCCCACAAGGAUCUCUGGACCUGGAGAGCCUAGAGGGAGGCCCAGCCCCCCAGCCUCAGGGCUGGCCUGAUGGGAGAGCUGAACAAUAAACAUCGUUGUCUUCGUCUCA